UGUUCUAUUCUAGAAAAACCCAAGCUUGUAAAAAUAUGUCCUCACAAAUGACAACAUCAGCCAAAAUGUUUGGCAAAUUUUGGCUGAAAAACAUGGGAGGAGCCUACUUGUGGAAAGGAAAAAAAGCGCCCUCACAUGGCUAUAUAAAUUAUGUGCUGCACCUCGACACUUCUACUCACAGGCUACACACUCUAUUUCCUACACCAUUCAUGCGGUGCCCGCCCGAGGUCCUUGGCAGGCAGCUAGCUUAAUUAGCACGCACGUCGUCCAUGGCGCCCACGGAUGAAUCGGCUGCUGAUACGCCAGCGCCACCACCGCCGCCACCUCACUUCGUUAUCGUCCCCCUCGUGGCGCAGGGCCACACCAUCCCCAUGGUCGACCUCGCCCUCCUCCUGGCGGAGCGCGGUGCGCGCGCGAGCCUGGUGACGACACCGCUGAACGGCGCACGGCUGCGUGGCGUCGCCGAGCAGGCCGCGCGCGCCAAGCUGCCCCUCGAGAUCGUGGAGCUCCCGUUCCCGACGGACGUGGACGGCCUGCCCCCGGGCAUCGAGAACAUGGACCAGGUCACGGACAACGGCCACUUCGUCCCCCUGUUCGACGCUCUGCAGAAGCUCGCCGGCCCGCUGGAAGCGUACCUGCGAGCGCAGGCGCCGCGCCCGAGCUGCAUCGUCUCCGACUGGUGCAACCCGUGUGCGGCCGGCGCGGCCAGAAGCCUCGGGAUCCAUCGCCUCUUCUUCCACGGGCCGCCGUGUUUCUACUCGCUCUGCGACCUCAACGCCACCGACCACGGGUUACGCGAGCUGGCCGCGGCGGCGGCGGCGGCUGACGUCGACGACGGGCAGGAGAGGUUCGUGGUGCCGGGCAUGCCGGUGCACGUAGAGGUGACCAAGGCCACGGCGCCGGGCUUCUUCAACUCGCCGGGGUGGGAGGCGCUCCGGGGCGAGUGCGUGGAGGCCAUGCGCGCGGCCGACGGCGCGGUGGUGAACACGUUCGUGGGCCUCGAGGGCCAGUUCGUGUCGUGCUACGAGGCGGCGCUCGGCAAACCCGUGUGGACGCUGGGGCCGCUCUGCCUCCGCAACCGGGACGCCGACACCAUGUCGUCGCGGGGGGCGGACGGCGGCGUCGGCGUCCGCGUCCAGCAGCACAGCGCGGUAGCCGCCUGGCUCGACUCCAAGGAUACCGGCUCCGUCGUGUUCGUCAGCUUCGGCAGCCUCGCGCGGAAGCUCCCGAAGCAGCUGUUCGAGGUGGGGCAUGGCCUGGAGGACUCCGGCAGGCCGUUCCUGUGGGUGGUGAAGCAGGCCGAGGCGUCCCCGCCGGAGGUGCGGGAGUGGCUGGGGGCCCUGGAGGCGCGCGCGGCGGGGCGGGGUCUCGUGGUGCGUGGGUGGGCGCCGCAGCUCGCCAUCCUGUCCCACCGCGCCGUGGGGGGCUUCGUCACCCACUGCGGAUGGAACUCGCUGCUGGAGUCCGUCGCGCACGGCAUCCCGGUGGUCACGUGGUCCCACUUCGCCGACCAGUUCCUGAACGAGCGGCUGGCGGUGGACGUGCUCGGCGUGGGCGUGCCCAUCGGCGUGACGGCGCCCGUGAUGGUGUUCGACGACGAGAGCGUGGUGGUGGCGCGUGGGGACGUCGCGCGGGCGGUGUCGGCGCUGAUGGGCCAAGGGGAAGAGACCGGCGAGAGGAGGCGGAGAGCCAGGGAGUACGGGGAGAAAGCUCACGGCGCCAUGGAGAAAGGAGGCUCCUCGUAUGAGAACCUGACGCAGCUGAUCGAGAGCUUCGGGCAAGUGGAGGCAAGAAAAGGUUAGGCUUAGGCUAGAACAGUGCAUGCAUGGAGCUAGCCAUGGACUACCCUCGCAAUGGCAGUACACAGUACUGGUGCAGAAUCUUGUUCGUGGUGAACAUGGACACCCAUCCCACAGCCAGCCAUCCGCUCGAUCAUUUUGCAUUAUUGCCCACCAGUUCCACCACCACCACCAACCACAUCGGCGGGGCUGCGGCUGCGCGCGCUAGUCGGCCCGCUUGGAACGAUCGAGCAUAUCUAGCUAGCUCGUCGUUUUCAUCCUAGCCCAUAGCCAUAGGUGUCGAAAGGAACUAGCACUAGCUAGACCAAUAAUUUUACAUUAGUAUCCAAUUGCAGGCAAAUCUAUGUAUAGCACUUUUAGAUCGUUCGCCUGUCGUUUUCUCGAUUGGAAAGAAAAAUAACAUGGUUUGUCUGGGCAACUUGUACAAGGAUGAUUUGAUGGA